AUGGCUACAGCGCAGCUAAACAAAUCCUACUUCAAUGAUGAAGCAGCAAAAUACGACAGCAAGAAUGAGAAGGGCCUUCAGCAGCUUACGCAAGCCAUUCAGGCAAGGCUAGAUUUCAUCGGUGCAGACUGGGUAGACGACGAUGAGGACGACGACGCAGCAGGCGGCGACGGACGGCAACUAAGACUGUUGGACUAUGCCUGUGGUACCGGAAUGGUCUCCAGGGCCUUGGCACCAUAUACCACACAAUGCGUUGGGAUCGACAUAUCAGAGAAUAUGGUAGCGACUUACAACGCCCGAGCUGAAAAUCAGGGCUUGGCGAAGGAGGAUAUGUUUGCUGUUGUUGGCGACAUUGCCGACCCCAACGACCCAGAGCCGACGUCGCUAUCUAGCCCUGAGCUAUUCAAUUUUGACUUGGCUGCAGUGGGCGGCGGCUUUCACCAUUUUGAAAACCCCAAGCUUACAGCGACACGCUUGGUUGAGCGCCUGCGUCCUGGCGGUGUCCUCUUCAUCUGGGAUUUCCUCACCCAUGAGCCCGACAACCACCAGGCCUCUCACACGGUCACGCACCAUGGGUUUUCUGAAGCUCAGGUUCGGGAAAUGUUUGAGUCAGCUGGUGCCGGCAAGAACUUUGCGUUAGAAGACCUCGGUAGCGGUAUCAUUGUUGGGGGUCACCAUCAUGGUGGGAAUAGCCACAGCCACGGCCAUCAUGGCGAAGGAACACAGCCCAGGAAGCGUCAGGUGUUCCUCGCUCGGGGGGAGAAACUUUGA